AUGUUCAGCUGGCUGGGCAAUGAUGACAGGCGAAGAAAAGACCCUGAAGUCUUUGAGACUGUGAGCGAGGGUCUGAAAAAACUGUACAAAACCAAGCUUCUCCCUCUGGAAGAAUGCUACAAAUUCCAUGAGUUUCAUUCGCCUGCCUUGGAAAAUGCCGAUUUUGACAACAAGCCCAUGGUCCUGCUUGUGGGGCAGUAUUCCACUGGGAAGACCACCUUCAUAAGGUACCUUCUUGAACAAGAUUUCCCCGGCAUGAGAAUUGGACCAGAACCUACCACAGACUCUUUCAUUGCUGUGAUGCGGGGAGAUGUGGAGGGUAUCAUUCCCGGAAAUGCACUGGUUGUGGAUCCAAAAAAGCCCUUCCGGAAGCUUAAUGCCUUUGGCAAUGCCUUCUUGAACAGAUUUAUAUGUGCUCAGCUGCCAAACCCGGUGCUUGAGAGCAUCAGUAUUAUUGAUACCCCUGGGAUCCUUUCUGGAGAGAAGCAAAGAAUUAGUCGAGGCUAUGACUUUGCUGCAGUCCUCGAGUGGUUUGCUGAGCGCGUCGAUCGCAUCAUUCUCCUCUUUGAUGCCCACAAACUAGAUAUCUCAGAUGAAUUCUCACAAGUUAUCAAAGCAUUGAAAAACCAUGAGGAUAAAAUGAGGGUGGUACUCAACAAAGCUGACCAGAUCGAGACCCAGCAGCUUAUGAGGGUUUAUGGCGCCCUCAUGUGGUCUCUUGGGAAGAUUGUCAACACACCUGAGGUGAUCAGGGUCUACAUUGGUUCCUUCUGGUCCCACCCAUUGCUCAUCGCUGAUAAUCGCAAGCUUUUUGAGGCAGAGGAGCAGGACCUCUUCAAAGACAUUCAAAGCCUACCACGCAACGCAGCCCUUCGGAAGCUGAACGAUCUUAUUAAACGGGCACGGCUGGCCAAGGUCCAUGCUUACAUCAUUAGCUCACUUAAGAAGGACAUGCCAUCAGUUUUCGGCAAAGACAGUAAGAAGAGAGAACUUGUGAACAAUUUGGGAGAGAUCUAUGGGCGGAUUGAGCGAGAGCAUCAGAUUUCACCAGGAGACUUUCCUAAUUUGAAAAAGAUGCAAGAACAGCUGCAGGCCCAAGAUUUCAGCAAGUUCCAUCCUCUGAAGAGCAAGUUGCUGGAUGCGGUAGAGGAUAUGCUGGCCUACGACAUUGCUCAGCUCAUGGUGCUUGUCCGCCAGGAGGAGUCCCAGAGGCCUGCCCAGACGGUGAAGGGAGGCGCCUUCGAAGGCACCCUGCACGGCCCCUUUGGGCAGGGCUAUGGUGAAGGAGCAGGGGAAGGAAUCGACGAUGCAGACUGGGUGGUGGCCAGGGACAAGCCCAUGUACGAUGAGAUCUUCUACACGUUGUCACCCGUCGAUGGGAAAAUAACUGGUGCUAAUGCCAAGAGGGAGAUGGUGAAGUCCAAACUGCCUAACUCGGUGCUGGGCAAGAUAUGGAAACUGUGUGAUAUUGAUAAGGAUGGGAUGCUGGAUGAAGAGGAGUUUGCUUUGGCUAAUCAUCUCAUCAAAGUCAAGUUGGAAGGCCAUGAGCUUCCCAGUGAGCUUCCACUGCACCUCAUCCCUCCAUCUAAGAGGAAGUUGAGGGAGUGA